UGGUUUCUUCUCCUUUGCUUCUUCUGCGGAAUCCCUCUCUCUAAUGGCUUCAUUACUAAUCCAAAUUCUCUCUCUCUCUAAAACUUUCUUUCUAUAGAAUUCUCUCUUAAAAUUCAAUCCCUUUGUUAUCUCCGCCAAAAAUUCCAUAUACAUUGUGAUCUUUUCCUUUUUAUAUCUACAUAUUUUUGUUCUUUGUGAUUUUUUUUUUCUUUUUUUCUUUUUUGUGGCUGUAUCAAUUUAGCAUCAUCAUUUGGUUCUUUACUCAGAUUGAUUGGCUAAGGGAUAUAGGAAGAGGAAAGAUAUGAAAUUGUCAGGUACCCCAGCUUUUUAUUUGAGGGUAUUAUGAAGUAGAUCUAAAGAAAAUGAAUUGAUGUUCAAGCCCGUUAAGUUUAAUGCUUGAUCUCUGGAGUUGUAGUGGAGGAUUGCAAAAUGUUGAUAAAUCUCUCACUAAAAGUCAAUCCUUCCUACGAUGAACAGUCAAUUUUUGAUGACAUGAAAAGCUUCAUGCAAGACCAUAGCACUAAACCUUGCCUACAAGCUAAUGGCCGAAACUGUUUUGAAAGCUUAGACACCUCGGUUUGGAGGUUGUUCAAAUUCCACUGAAAGAUUGUUGAUUAUAUCAUAAGUUGAAGUUUAAUAAUGGAAAGAUAUAAAAUUUUGGAAGAGCUUGGAGAUGGCACUUGUGGUACUGUAUAUAAGGCCCUGGAUUGGAGAAGUCGUGAAAUUGUUGCAGUUAAGAAGAUGAAGAGAAAGUUCUUUUUUUGGGAAGAAUACUGGAGAUUGAGAGAAAUUAGGGUCCUCCGUAAAUUGAGUCACCCCAAUAUUAUAAAAUUGAAGGAGGUUCUCAGGGAAAACAACGAGGUGUUCCUCAUUUUUGAGUACAUGAAUUACAAUCUCUACCAAUUAAUGAGAGAUCGAGAAAGGCCCUUUUCAGAAGCUGAAAUACGGAACUUUAUGUCUCAAGUGCUUCAUGGACUUAAUCAUAUCCAUAGAAAUGGAUAUUUUCAUCGUGAUUUAAAACCUGAGAAUUUGCUGGUGACAAAUGACGUUCUUAAAAUUGCUGACUUCGGACUGGCUAGAGAAGUUUCAUCGAUGCCUCCUUAUACUGAAUAUGUUUCCACACGGUGGUACCGAGCACCAGAAGUCCUGUUGCAGUCCAAAUCAUACGCUCCAGCAGUUGACAUGUGGGCAGCUGGUGCAAUCUUAGCCGAGCUUUUCACUUUGUCCCCUAUUUUUCCUGGUGAAAGUGAAAUAGAUCAAUUGUUCAAAAUAUGUUGUGUUCUUGGUACACCAGACUUGACUUCCUUUCCUGAAGGGACAAAUAUUUCUCGAUUAUUUGGGAUCAUAAGUUAUGAAAAGAUGCUCCCUGCAAACCUCUCUGAUUUAAUACCAAAUGCAAGCCCAGAAGCUAUUGAUUUGAUCAUGCAACUAUGUUCAUGGGACCCAUCAAGGAGGCCAGCAGCUGAUGAGUCAUUACAACAUCCUUUCUUCCAUGUUGGUUGGAUUCCUCGUUCACUUGGUGAUCCACUUGAGCUAAAGCUGAGUAACAUGGGUGCAAAGCCAAACCUUGAGUUGAAAUUGUCAGACUUUGGUGCUGAACCUGAAGAUUGCUUUCUUGGCUUGACAUUGGCUGUGAAGCCCAGUGUUCCAAAGUUGGAUGCGAUUCAUGAUGGAUCUCACAGUAUGAAUAAGAGUGCACUGUUUUGCUCUGAUUUGGAAGAUCAUACAGAACAGUCUGUUCUGUGGUCUCUGAUUUCACCCGAUCGAAAUGGAAUUCAUGCCCCAGUAGAGUCUUCCUUUUCUGUAUCUUUCAGUACAAUUCAACAUCCAUCUAUUAGAGUUCCACAGUCAGCUGGGUUCUCCAUUCCAGCCUUGCAGCCUAACAUCUUAGAUGGUCCAUUUUUAGCCAGGUCCUCUCCCUUCUCCCAGGGUCAUUGCCUUUGAACGGUCUGAGUUAUACGACACUUAAUAUGAUCUGUAAUGAGGGCUGUAUUUUUCUUUUUUGCUUUUUCUUUUAUUAUAUGUAAAGCUCAAUUAAGCAUUUUCAUAGUUUCUCUCUGUAUCAUGGAAAUGUAAAGUGUAAUUCCAGAGACAAAAAUACAUGACGAGAUAAUUUAUAGACUGGAGUCUCUGUAACAAAAUUUACUAGUUCUUUCUUUGGAUAUAAAUAUAUACGGAUUCCAGCAGGGAAUUCAAAUCCAAAAUACCCUGUUUGGAUCUAAUUUAAUUA